AUGGCCAACAAUCACCUAAACCUCUCAACCAACCUAUUCAACCUUCUCUUCACCAUAACUCUUCUUUAUAUAGCAUGGAACAAUCCUGCCCACCCCGAGCAAACUAACCUGAUCUUCUAUGUGCACGACUACUUGACAGGUCAUGAUGCCUCAGCAAUCACAGUGGCUGGAAGACAUGGGCCCACAUCUAGUGUCUUCCACUUUGGUACUAUCAUAGCCGUUGAUGAUCCAGUUACAGUGGGACCCACUAUUGAAUCACAAGAGAUUGGCAGAGCACAAGGGUUGUACAUAAACUCUGAACUUGAGGGAAAAGGUCUGCAUUUGAUGUUCUCUGUGAUUUUCACUGAUGGAGAAUAUAAAGGAAGUAGCUUGGAAAUCCAAGGAGCUGACCUUUUUGCAAUGAAAGAGAGGGAAUUUAGUAUUGUAUCUGGGACUGGGUUUUUUAGAUUUGUAAAAGGGUAUGGGAUAAUGGAGACUCACUUCAUGGACUUGGCCAAUCUGAGAGCUAUUCUUAAGCUUAAUGUAACAGUCAAGCAUUAUUAGUAAAUUAAUAUUAUGUAUUUUGUAAUUUGUAGUUGGCUUUGUUCAUUUUUUAUCUUCUGUAAUAGCAAAAUUUUCGUUAAUAAUUUAUUUUUGCAGUUAAAAAUCCCGUGAAGUCAAUGUUGUAAAUUUUG